AUGAAGUACAUACUUGUGUCCGGGGGAGUUAUCUCCGGCAUUGGCAAGGGAAUCACUGCAUCUUCCGCUGGACUCUUGUUGAAGACCCUCGGACUCAAAGUCACCGCUAUCAAGAUCGAUCCUUACAUCAAUGUCGACGCAGGCACUAUGGCUCCGACUGAGCACGGAGAAUGCUUUGUGUUGGAUGAUGGCGGUGAGGUCGACCUCGACCUCGGGAACUACGAACGAUACCUGAAUAUUACCCUGACCCGAGAAAACAGCGUUACAACCGGAAAGAUGUAUCAGCAUGUCAUCGAACGCGAAAGACGUGGUGAUUACUUGGGGAAAACGGUACAAGUUGUGCCACAUGUCACCAACGCAAUUCAAGAUUGGAUCGAAAGAGUUGCGAGAGUGCCUGUGGACGACACCAAUGAACAGCCGGAUGUUUGCAUAAUUGAGCUUGGUGGCACUGUUGGCGAUAUAGAGAGCGCGCCCUUUAUUGAGGCUAUGCGGCAAUUGCGACGACGUGCAGGUCGAGAUAAUUUCUGCCAAAUCCACGUCUCGCUCGUCCCGGUGAUCAGCGGAGAACAAAAAACAAAGCCUACUCAACAAGCAAUCAGAGAUGCACGGUCAGCUGGUCUUGCUCCCGACCUGAUCGCAUGUCGCUGUCAAGAACCGCUCAUCGAGGCAACAACGAACAAGAUCGCACUCUUCUGUCAAGUCGAGCCCGAGCAAGUCAUUGCUGUGCAUGAUGUUUCUUCCACCUAUCAUGUUCCCAUGCUUCUAGAGCAACAAGGCCUGCUCACCCAACUACGAGGUCUAUUUCGCCUCGCUGACUAUUCUAUUGCACCAUCGUUGGUUACCAAAGGCCAGGCUAUCUGGCACGACUGGAAGUCACUGACCACAUCACAAGACCGGUUUCUUGAGACCGAAAAAGUAAACAUCGUUCUCGUCGGAAAGUAUACGAAUCUACACGAUUCCUAUCUUUCUGUAAUCAGAUCUCUCGAGCAUAGUGCCAUGGCAUGCCGCCGAAAAUUAAACCUGAUAUGGAUCGACGCAAGCAGCCUAGAAAAGGCCACUAUGGAAGCUUCCCCGGAAUCAUACCACAAAGCGUGGCACGAACUGUGCACGGCAGACGGUGUUCUCGUCCCUGGAGGAUUUGGUCACCGCGGAACGGAGGGCAUGGUCGCUGCCGCCAACUGGGCACGAACCAAGCCAAAGCCAUACCUUGGCAUCUGCCUGGGCAUGCAAAUAUCCGUGAUCGAAUUCGCCCGCAAUGUCUGCGGACUGAAAGAAGCCUCGUCGGUGGAAUUGAACGCCCAGACGUCCGACCCUGUAGUCAUUUUCAUGCCUGAAAUCGACAAGGCUACCAUGGGCGGCAACAUGCGACUGGGCCUCCGGCCGACCCUUUUCCAAGAGGACACCGAAUGGUCGCGCCUCCGCAAACUCUACAACAACGAACCCAGCGUCCUCGAACGCCACCGCCACCGAUAUGAAGUCAACCCGGAGUACAUCGAACGCUUGUCGGAGGCAGGCCUUACCUUUAUCGGCAAGGACGACCAAGGCGAGCGCAUGGAGAUCGUCGAAUUAAAGGACCACCCUUUUUUCGUCGGCGUCCAGUUUCACCCCGAAUACCUCAGUCGCGUCCUGCGUCCCAGCCCGCCUUAUCUGGGCUUUGUGGCCGCCAGUGCUGGAGUACUGGACCAGGUCACCACCGCGACUCUCGCCAAGGAUCAAUCCCCGCUGCAACAUCAUGAUGGCGUGAACGGUAUCCUCCAUGCGCAGAAUGGGUCCUUGACGAAUGGAAUUCAUCAUCCCCGGUCGGCGUCCGGCUUCUAA